CAGUGUUAGUGUGGACUCAGGCAAGAUGAAGUGGCUGACGGCAUUAGUGUUGGUGGCUGUUUUGGCUUCAGUGUCAGCAGUGUCUUUCUUCUCUGUUGUCUUGGAGGAAUGGGACGCUUUCAAGCUUGAACAUGGUAAGAAAUACAAGAGUGCGGUUGAGGAAUCAUUCCGACUGAAGAUCUUCACGGAGAACAAACACCAUAUUGCUGCCCACAACAAGCUGUUUGCUCAAGGACUAAAGUCAUACUCGCUCAAGAUGAACCGGUUCGGUGACAUGCUUAAUAGUGAAUUUAUUUCAACGAUGAAUGGGUUUGAAAUGAGCGGUUUAGUGUUUGGUCAGCGGUACAAUGGUUCCUUCUACAUUGAGGCAGACAACAUUGCAAUGCCAGAGACUGUUGACUGGAGGGAGAAGGGAGCAGUUACGGAAGUGAAGAACCAGGAAGAGUGCGGGUCAUGCUGGGCUUUCUCAGCUACCGGGUCACUGGAGGGUCAACACUUCCGCAAGACUGGCAAGCUGGUAAGCCUCUCUGAGCAGAACUUGAUUGACUGCUCCGCCAGGUAUGGCAAUAAUGGCUGCGAUGGAGGGUUGAUGGACUUUGCCUUCCAAUACAUCGAAGAAAACGGUGGAAUUGACACAGAAGAAUCUUAUCCGUAUGAACAAAGGAAUAACACGUGCCGCUACAACCCCCGUAAAUCUGGUGCUACAGUGACUGGCUAUGUUGAUCUUCCUCAGCGAGAUGAAGAGGCAUUAAAGAAAGCUGUUGCCACUGUUGGACCCAUUUCUGUGGGCAUUGAUGCUGCCAGUCACUCAUUCCAAUUUUACCAUACGGGUGUUUAUUACGAACCCACAUGCAGCUCUGACAGACUGAACCACGGUGUUCUGGCUGUGGGUUAUGGCACUGAGAAUGGGACAGACUACUGGCUGGUGAAAAACUCGUGGGGUCUACCAUGGGGAGAUAAAGGCUACAUCAAGAUGCUGCGUAACUAUCACAACCAUUGUGGCAUUGCUACGAUUGCCUCCUAUCCUCUUGUAUAGACACAGAUUACAAAAACCUAAUAUCUCACUCUAUAUAUAUUUGAAAAAAAAUAAUGUUUAUGUAAUUCGUAAGUUAUGUUUGAUAUGAGUUAAUUUAAACUUUCUUUCAUGUGUAUGUAUACUGUAAUGUAUUGCUUUGAUUAUACUUUGUCUACAGUAACAUAUAGUGCCUCCCAGAUGUCCUGGUAUAUUUCUCUUAAGUGUAUUGGUUGGUAAUAUUACACAUGUCAACAAACAAAAUAACAUUUGCCUCUUGAGUUAAAUGAGAUAAUACAUAUAAAAUGGGCAAAUUUAAUUCAUCUUUAACAAGAGAAAUUAUUAAUUUCGCAUAAUUGGGUAUGCAAGUUAAUUUACUUUUGAAAAGAUGUGCAGAAUAUUUGGUUGGUUAUAUUUUAAUGUUGCUUCCAUCAUGAACACAAUGUAGAUUUAUUUAAGGUAGUUUAUGAGUGACAGACUAACAUGGGCCACAAGUUUCUGACACUUAUGUCUGUAAGCUUGUCUUGGGAAGCUCAAGAUAAUUGAGCUUCCUUAUUUAAAUACAAACUUUCAAAAUA